CUGAAGUCGAACUUUUAUAAUACACUAACAUUUUGUCCUUUGGACUGAUUGGGGCAGCUUACAUGAAGUAUUACCUUCGAGGUCAACAUUCAACAGUAUUGACUCUGUGGUAUUGACUAUUGAGUCGAAACAAAAAUGACAAAAAUCAUAAAUAUCUCUCAAAGAAAAUGUUCUUUCUGAAGCGUUGUUGCAUAAAAUGUUUGCAGCACAACAUUAUACUGGGUCAUAGAAUGAAGAUAUGCGAAGGUGGUGUAAAACUUCUGUCCAAUAAGAUAUUGUUUCUCAUAUUUGGCUGUCUAUUAUUAGUUGUCAUUUCAUUCCAUUUCAUACUGGAAGGUAAUUCUUCUAAAGGUUAAAUUUGUUAUUUUUAAUAUGCCUUUAAUUAUGUACAUAGAAAAAAUGGUGACGUGUCUAUAAAAGGUUUCAGGACUUAUAUAGGAUAAUAGGCCUUAAACAGCUAGACAUCUGAAGGACAUGUAUGUACGUGUUGUCUCUGGUGUUGUGUACAUGUGUUAUGUGCAACAGACAGAUAUUAUUUAAUUUUGACGCAAAGUUUGGAAAUUGCGCACCCGAGGCCCGAGAUUUCAGAAAGUACAGUAAAUAUAGAAAACAUCAAAAUUGUGUGCCCGAUAUCUUGGUUGCAUAUGGUACAAACUUUCCACACUGGAUCGAUCCAUGGAUAAUAAAAUAAAUUGUAUAAAAUAAAAUGUUAUUUUACAAUCCAUGCUGGAUCCAAUCUCGUACCCCAGUGUGGAAAGUUUGUAUCGUGCGGCGGAGAUCAGGCUCGUACCCAGAGUAUGCCUGUUCGCAGGUUAGGUGCUGGGCAUCUAACCUGCCAGCACCUAACCUGCCAACGGGCAUACUCUGGGUACGAGAUUGCACUGGAUCAUAUAUCAAGACCACAGUCUAGUGGUUCAAAGCUAGUGGGACUGCAGGGAUGAGUCCCACCCGCUUCUGUUUCGCUGGUUGCGCCACUGAGAUCAUGGAUAUAAAUAAGUCAUUUUGGUCAGUGAACGUUUACUUUUAUUGAAUGAUCAUGCAAUGCACAUCAUGCCAAGAACAAAAUACUUUAAUUUGAGAGUAUACUGUUGAUGUCACAGUGCAGUAAUGUGCCAAUUACAUGUUCAAAUAUCAGAAUAUAAUAAAUAAUAAUGUUCUGAUUAUAUGAACUUUUAAAAGAUUCACUUCCAGUCUUCAUAAAUUUUAAGUUGCUAAAUUAAAUUGCUCACUAAACAUAAAAUUUCAAACAUACAGUAGCUAGAUAUUUUAUUAAUUAAGUGUUGAAAAAAUGUUGUUAGAGUCAAUCAUUAUUCUUGUUGUUGUACAGGCUUGCCAUCUUCUAUUUCUAAUGCCCAUAUUUACACACACCAAAAUUUAUAAUAGAUAGCUUAAGAUCUACGACGUCGACGCCAGCUAGGACGUCAGGGCUAAGCAGAGGACUGGGACUACGUUAGGACGACAUCCUAGUCCCAGUCCUCUGCAUAGCCCUGACGUUUUAGCUGACGUCGACGUCGUAGAUCUUAAGCUAUCUAAUAGCUAGGCUUAAUGUUUUACUAUGCAAACUUUUGGAAAUCCUGUUGUGAAUUUGAUCAUAUGGCUACAAAAUUUAUAUUCUUUAAGGUGUCAGUACAUGAUUGUGUGAGAAGAAUUAGAAGAUGGCAUAAAAAUGCUUUGUAUCACACUCAUGCCCACAAAUGUUGAUGAAUGAUGAUCACACCUUGGAUGACAGUAUCACCUCAUAAUAACUGAACUCCAAUACAGAGAUCUUUGAAUUUAUGUGCACAAAAUGCACACUGAGCUAUAAUUACACACAUAAACUAGUAAGAGUGAAGUGAUCUGUGGAGAUUUCUAAAUAUUUCUCAAGAAACUUAUAUAUACAUAUAUGUAAAUUCUUCAGUUCCCUCCCCGUCAAGGCUUUUCAUGCGGUGACCGAUUACAUCACAUAUCACGCUUACCUACAGGGCAUUAGAGGUCGGAUCGGAUUGGACGUUUAUAAUCCGACAAUUGGCUAAUGUUUAAAAUCCGAUCCGAAAUUGUCUAAUCUGAAUCCGAUCCGAGAUUUGAUAAAGAAUUCCGAUCCGAAGAACCUUUAAUAAAAUAAAUUUCUCAUUCAAGUGGAAAUAUUUAACCAAAUAAAUAUAAAAGCAAGAAAAACAUGUCAAGAAGUUGACAAAGUGACGUCCAAUUGAAUUAUCAAACGAAUAAUGCAGCGACAACCGCGUUGUCGUGGAUAACUGAUUAGUUCAUUUUAUUUCGAAUAUCGUAGUCCGAUCCGACUACGAAACAACUUUUAUAUCAGUCCGAUCCAAUCCGAAGUGAAUAUUUUUGUUCCGAAAUGCGAACGAAUCGGAUUCGGUUCGCAUUUGCACACCUUUACAGGGUAUAUUACAAACCUCGUACCCAGGGUUUUUCUUUUUAGCAAUCCAAGACGAGGUCAAUAAAUAUUUGAUAUUUGGAUGAUUUUUAUAGUUUAAUUUAUAAUUUGCAUUUUGUGUCAUUGUCGUAAAGGAAUUCAAGAUAGUUAAUUAGAAAUCUGCCAGAUUUUAGCAGAUCACGUGACCAGCAUCUACCAGGGUCUUUUCUCCCCAAGAGGAAAGACCCUGGGUACGAGGUUGGGUAUAUUACCUUUACCCACUUAGUCUAGUAGACAAUUUUAUCUUCACAACACUACAACGUUUGUAAUAUUACGUUCCUAUAACUAUCGUUUAUACUAACCUGCACUGUCAACUUUCCCUUUGGGAGAAAACCAGAGUUCCCAGAGAAAACCCUCGACUUUUGGCAGAGCGUUGACAGACUCUUCACACGAGUCCAUAGAGGGGACCGAACCCAUGAUCUUAGAGGGGACCGAACCCAUGAUCAUCCACGAUCUCAGAGGCACCUGCUCUGACGACUGCGACUAAAACCUCAUUUCAGAUUCAAAUUUGGACUAAAUUGUUUGAAAAUAGUUCUCAAUUUCAAUUCAUGUAAAUAACGCACGACUUCCGAAGGGUAGUUCUUGGAGCCCGAUUACAUGGAGCAUUUUCAACCCCGGGGUUGAACUCGGCCCUGUUAACCGGGUUGAAAUUUCAGCCCUGUCUGUAAUAAAAGACUCUAUCAAAAUCAAACGCGCGAUUACAUGACAAAAUUUUCAAGCCCGGGCCGAGUUUAUCCCCGGGAUUGAAAUUUCAACCCUGCUUCAGCUAGCAGUGUUGAAAUUUCAACUCGGCCCUGGGUUGAAAAUUUUGUCAUGCAAUCGUUUCAACCCAGGGCUGAAAUUAUUCAUGAGUUAUUCGAGCAUGCGUGGUAGUGACUAUUUGUUACAAGAAAACAAAAACGGAGGCUGUGGAGCCGCUUUUUUUUACUUCCGGGAAUCAAUGCCGGGAACGUAUAGCAUUUCAAUCCCGGGGUUGAAAUCGUCCAUGUAAUCGCAAAAAAUUUCAACCCGGUUAACAGGGCUGAGUUCAACCCCGGGGAUGAAAGUGCUCUAUGUAAUCGGUCCCUUACUACGCUAACCGUAUUUUCCCAAAUAUGGUAUCUACGAAUGAAAUCAUAUUUUUCAUUCACACUUUUGUAGGUUAUUUAUAUCCAUCAGCUCCAGUUUUCAAGCCACCGAGUGAUGGCAAUUACCAUAAUCCUGAUGACACAAUCUCUAGUGAAUGUCUAAAGAACUACUUUGAAGAUAUCUUACUAAUUAUUGUUUUUCAUUUCCCAUUUUACGACUCCAUUCCUUUACUUAAGUCAUUUUACGGGGAUGUGUUUAAAGAUAUUUUGAUUUGUGGCCCAGAGUCCUAUUUUCGCCACUAUGUAAUGGUGGUUGAUGUUGGUCCAGGAUUGUAUGGUUAUGAAUGUGUUGGUAACGCUAUACGCAGGUACGUACAGUGGUGUAAGGAAGAUAUAAAUUUAUAAACUUUAGGAGGGCUGAAACCUAGGUAUCGAAGGGCUAUAGCUUAAGUUCUACAUCUUAAGUUUUUGGUUUACGAAACACAAACAGUGCUCAAUACCAUAUAGAUAGAGCGUAAUAUACAGGGUGUAUCAAAAAAAGCGCAAUCCUCGACUGAAAUGUAAAUUGCUAAACAAAUAAUAGACGAAAACGUUAAAGUUUACAUUCAUUUUAAAGCGUAGCCAUUCAGCUUUCUAACAGUGGGUUGUUUCUUAAAUUUGACUCAUUGGUUCGCGGGUAAUAAUACUUUACGUUAUUGCGAUUGGAGAUUAAAAAAAUUGAGAUGGAAUAACAAAUCGUUCUCAUGAAAAUAACUGAUUUUUUCAUUAAAACAAACAAAUGUUGCAUUUUAUUAAAUGGAUUGUAACAAUAAGUAUAAUUACGGCUUUUCUUCCACUAUUUUUAACUCAGUUUGAAACUUCGAAUGCGAUAUAAUUUUGGCUUGGACCAUCUAAGCUGACUGACAUCAACUUGCUAUAAUUUCUGUUUACAUUACAUCGCAAUUCGAUGACACUCUAGCUCAGACACCAGAAUGUUUUGACGAUUUUUAGCAUUCGUUUAGGAUUUUCAAACAACCUGGUCUCUUUUAAAAUACUUUUAAUUUGUUCUUACGUGGUUUUUCAGAUGUAGUGACGACAACAUUAAAGUUUAAAGAAGAAAAUUCUAACAUUUAAACCGACUAAACAAUAACAUAGUAAACUUGCAUAAUUAAACAGCAACUAAAAAUGAUAGGUUUUACUAAAUCUUUUCCUGUGCAAUUAUUACUAGCAUUGGAGACAAGGAUAAUAGUUUAUUUGAAAGAGAAAAGAACAGGCUUUGAAAUAGUAUUUCGAAAGUUAUUAAGCACAAAAGAUGAAUUGCGUUUAUUUUGAUACACCCUGUAGUUUUUCGUUUUACCUCAAAAAACCACAACAGUCUGUUUCAUCCGUAUAGGAAUGAAACAGACUGUUGUGGUUUUUUGAGACUAUACGGAUGAAAACAGACUGUUUUUUGAGAUAAAACGCAAAACUAUAUACGGUAUAUAGUUUUUCAAUCCAAAAACUUUCCCUUUCUGUAGGUUUAUUAACAUCCGUAACAUCAAUAAUUUGUGCUUUAAAAUCAUUAAGACCCGAUGGCCUUCCUCAAAAAAAUGUUCAUACAAAUGUUCACCACAUAAACCUCUUUGGCCCUUAGAAAAUCUGUUAAGUUACAAUCUCUUGUGACCACAAGAGUUCGCUUAACAGAUUUUCUAAGGGCCAAAGAGGUUUAUGUGGUCAACAUUUGUAUGAACAUUUUUUUGAGGAGGGCCAUCGGGUCUUAAUGAUUUUAAAUCACAAAUUAUUGAUGUUACGGAUGUUAAUAAACCUACAGAAAGGGAAAGUUUUUGGAUUGAAAAAUUGAAUUAUACAUAUGUACCACUGGGAUUAAAUUUGAGGGAGGAAUAUUAAGACAAGUCUAUUUAUAUUAGUGUAUGUAAAUUAGGAUUGGGCCGUAAUUUUACUUAAAUACGUAAUUUUACUUAAAUACUUAAAAGUAUUUAAGGGCAUUUCGUUUCUGACGAAGGGGCAGUGCCCCGAAACGUACUAUGUAUUUAUUUAUUUAUUUAUUGAAGUUUAAUAAAAUCUAUUAUUUUUUUAAUUGAAGCUUUAUAUAAAUGAAGUUUAUUGGGAGGCCGCCAAAACGUGUAUUACUCUCAAAGAGUUUGAUGUAUUGGGUGGACAUGUAGCGAUAUAUAGUGAUGCUGGUAAAUUGUAGUUGUAUUUGUAGGUAUCCUGGUUACCGUGGUUACUUGUAUGUAAACGAUGACAUGGUUGUCAACUGGUGGACUUUCACCAAUCUUGAUAAGGAGAAACUUUGGCAAGGUGGGAUUAUUUUUUCAAAUGACGACCAUGUCAUGGGAAGUCGACCAAUACCAGACACCUGGCCUUGGUGGAGAAAGAAGUCUAAAUCUGCAGAGGCUUGUGAAGACUCUUACUUAGAAAUCACGCAUAAAUAUCGCUCAAGUGAACAUAUCAAUAUCACAAAAUUGAUAAAUACACAUCUUGUUAAUGGCGAAGGAGAGAAACGUUGUUUUCGCAUGUGGUCAGACUUAUUUUAUAUACCCAAGAAGUUCAGUGAUCAGUUUCAACGACUUUCUUUUGUAUUUCAUAAAAAUCGAGUGUUUUUGGAAGUUGCAGUGCCGACCAUUAUGAGUUUCCUAGACAUACGAGAUUCGUGGGAAAAGCAUUAUGGAUUGUAUCUGCCGGACAUGUAUGGAUCAAUUGAUUUUGCUGAUGGAAAACUAGUUUGGAAAAAUUAUGAUUAUGAUAUUAAUUUUAUACAUCCUGUGAAAUUUCAUGGGCGUGUAGCCAAAACGAACAGAGAAAAGUUAGAAAAUGAUAUAAUUCCUUAUUCUAAACAGUUCACAAAUUGUUAGAAAUGCAGUAAAAAACAGUUUAAAAAUGGAAGUAGACUAUUUUCACCCGGUGACCAAUAUUUCCUUGAACGGACUUGUUUGUUAUUUUUGCCAAGUGUACGAGUAUUGACUAUUGUUCUCGUCACGGAAAUUAGCCUGGCUCGCGUUUAUGUAUGCAUGAAGAUAACACGUCAUUUCCGCUUUGUAUAGAGAUCCAGUAAAGGCCACUCCUUAUUUUUCAGUGUACCAGUAAAGGCCACCCCUUAUUUUUCAGUGUUGCUGCAGAAAGAAACCUAAAUUAACUUUAAUCUAUAUUUUGCUGAAUAUUUCUAUCAGUUCUAAGCUGUUCAUCCUAGAAAUCCGCUGAGAGUUCCCUUAUUGCUUGGUCCAGUGUUUCUAUAUGAGAAGAUAAUGAUUGAACAAACUCUGGGCUCUAUCAAGGUGUACAUAAGCCCAUUGGUUGCUAAGAACGCCCAGUCUACUCCUCUAAAAUUUUAAGUAAAAUAGCACAUUGACCAAAUUUUUUUUUAAAGAAUUUUUUCUAUCUAUUUCCUUAUUACGAUUGUGCAUGACACUUGUCAGAAGGUCGCUCAUGCGCAGUGAAGCGUGUGACACAAUUAGCCUUUCUUACGAAGGCCAAAAUCCGCCAUUUUUGGAGUAUACGUACUGUCUGCCGUCGUGAAAGAUUCUAGACAAUUCAAACAACGUGAAUAGCGACUUUUAAAAGUUGUAACUGUAAAUUUACCAUUAUACAAACAACUUCAAUGCAGUACCCCCAAAAUGGCGCGGGGACAAAUCGGCCGUGAAAAGCUAAUUGACCAUUUGCGCAAUAGACUAAAUUUUGAACUAAACAAGUCUACACAAAAAUUUCAUCACAGCUUGAAGGAGCAUCACAAAAUUAGUAAUAUUCCAAAGUUUCGUUGCA